AUGUCACGAAGAAUACACCCCGCGUUUCAGAGUAAAACGGUCGUCAAACUAGAGUGCAAGUAUUGCGAAAGAUACAUUUGUGCUCGUGGAAUGAGGGCGCUUUUGUUGGCCGACACCAAAGUGGAACUCUACUCGACUGACUUGCCCCCAGAAAAGUAAGUUUAAUGGUUGUGUUUCUUUGUAAAUAAGGAUAAAGCUGGUCCAUUUCUUACCGGAUAACCUAUAUUAUUUUCGCAUUUCUUUGUAGUGCUAUUCAGCUGAUUGGAACAGAUUACUCAACAGAAAACUGUGAUUGUCGAAUCAAAGAUGUUGCCUGCCUCGGAUGGUAAGCUUCAAAUCAAUGAAUCGUGUUUUAUUUGCCUCUCUUUUCAAAAUUGCCUUUCUGGGUAAAUCUUCAUGUCAUGUUUUCAAUAGUUAGUUGUGAUUUUGAACUCUCGUUUAUGCUGUAUUUGUCUCAAUUUUCAGCGGAAAUGUUGUCGGAUACCAUGUAACUCUUCCAUGUCAAUCCUGUAUUCGUUCCUGUAACAACGGCCAUUUCUGGAUGUUUCACUCCAGCGCUGUUACGCCCGUCGAAAGAUUGGAUCAAACAGGUAAAAAUCCGUAAUAGAUUGAUAUCUUGUACUGGUACAAAUGAAAACCUCACAGUGGACCUAGGGGAAAGCACGUGGAGAUUCUAAUACAGCUGUUUAAUUGUUUGAUGUCAUGAGUUGACAUCAUUGAUGUUUGGCACUUUAUUCAGCUUUUUGUCUGUAAUAAGUUACAGUAUUUAUUUCCGGUGAUUAUGGUGUUGUUAUGCUAACUUUUGGACGUGAUAUGACCACAUUUUGCAUUGAUAACCGUAACAGAUGACGAGUAAAUAAGUUGGGAAUAAAUCGUAGCUAAUCUCCUUUUUAAUAACCCGUGGAAUAGAGAAAGGCGACAAAAAAAAAAUUUAUGCAGCAUUACACUCUAAAAUUUUCAUCACUCGAGACUGAUAGGCACUAAUUAUUUGGUACUAUUGCAUGGGUGAAGCAAAAUCACUCAAGCUCAAGCUCGUGAAGGCAGCUUAGGCCCAGUUCAAGGGGUCAAACUUUUCAUGUACCUUACUGAAUACUUAUUUGGGUCGACCAAACUGAUGAUACAGGUUUGACAGUUGAUUCAAACAUCUCAAAUUUAUAAGUCGGACGCAAUUCAUUUUCACGAUGUACAAUGCUUCUUAUAGCAAUUGUAUGAACAAGAUUUAGCACAUGAAAGCAAUAUUUGAAGCAAAGUCACUGCACAGUUAAAAUUCUCAUGUGGGUCACACAAACUUAAUUCAUGGGUUGGCCUAAACUUUAUUGAUUCAAAUGCUGAUCUUUUCAUGUACUAAAUGGAAGGGAUUAGGAUUCCAUGAAGAAGUUUCUUGUUUCAACUGGGCCUUAUUGCGAGGCACCAUAUGACAAGUUCCAAAUAAUUUUAAUGCUUCUGUUUGCUUGUAGGAAUUCAAAUAAUGUUGUGGGGAUCUCUUCCCAACUCAAAAGAAGACACUGAGUUGAGCGAUGAUGAUAUGUGGAUGGAAGAAUGCUGCAGAUAAAUUAAAUAUGAAAAAGAGAAGGGAGAAAUAAAUAUUUAUACCUUAACAAAUGUACAAAGGCGAUGUAAAUAGAUAAUAAGCCAGUUAAGUCAAACUGUUGUGAAGAGUUUGACAUUUUUCAAAAAAUUAACUCCAAGAGGGUAAAGUUCAUGUUCUUGCCAUAAUAAAGGAGAAAUAGGAUAAUAUCCACUAGUUUGUUUAAAAAAAUUCGUAAUUACUGUUGGUUAGCUUGUUUAUGUUAAUAUUCUUUUAUUUCAUCGUAUUAGAUUUUUUGUUUCUUCUACAAUGUACUUGGUGAAAUCUUCUUGAUACACAUACCAAAGGGUCAAAGCCAAGUGUCCUCAUUAGAGAGGUGUCCAGGCAUGUUAUAGAGUAAGGAUAUGAUGUUUUCAAACUUUGGUACCAAGAGAACAGUUCAUAGAUGAGAGGUUUCUCCAGUGCUGUGCUCUAAGAUUAGUCUAGGGAGGCUCAUGCUCUGAAUCUGUGAAAUCCAGGAUACCCUGUGUACGAUUUUUAUGCAAAAACUGAAAGAGAGUUAUAGAGUCCAGCCAGAUCAAGUGUGCCCCCCAUAGAUUCCAUUAAUGAAUUUAUUAUUUGAAAGUUAAAUGUGUUGGUAGUUGUAGAUUUCAGAUUCAUCUUUGCAUUCUUGAAUGCGUAAUGAGCUGUGAAUUCACACGCAAGGGAGUUGCAAAAUUUCUACCAGCUCAGUUUUCCUGAAUUUGAUGUUAAUGUCUUUUAAGAAAUUUAAUCCAUUCAAGGAUUUUCAAUCUGACCAAAUACAGAGAAGUUUUUGUAAAAUAUUCACUGCUCAUUACGCAUGCAGGAAUGCCGAUUUGAAUUUGACACUAGUUAUGGGAAUGACUAAUGGAUGCAUUUUCAAAUAAUCCAUUCGUUAAUAGAGUCUUAAGGGGUACGCUUGACCUGCCUUGACUGUAAGAGCUCCUGAGGUUUGCCUAAACUUGCACCAAGUUGACCUCUUUUUGUCAAUAGUACAACUGAAGAAUUUGUAAGUAACCUGAAAGCAAGCAAAGCAAGCUUUAACAAGGUACUUGACAAAACAAAACCAUUCAACUAAGAGGGACGUUGUGAAAGUCUUUAUGUUUAGUUUGAUCUUGAUAAGCUAGUAAAGAAGUAACUUUUUUCUUGGUCUAAAAUUAAUAUUAGGUUCAUUCUUCAGAACUAUGUAUUUCUCGAGCUCAAACCAGAGGCAGACAAAAGUUUUAGGGAAUGACAUGUUUAUUGUUUUUAGAUAGUGAUUAUAUUGAGACUCUGAACUUGUCAAACCAUGUGAGAUGGAGAUUCUUAAAGGUGACUUUUUGUGAAGUCAAGUCUGAUAGAGUGAAGCAGAAACCACUAAGAAGUAUGAACUGAUGUUAGGGUGCCACAAUCUGUUGAAUAUUAUGAGAAAAAUUCUCUACCAGAUAGCAGCUUGAAGGAAGCAUGUCUGCUUAAAUAAAAGCUCUGAAAUAAAAUAAUGAUUACUGUUAAAUCUUGUGUUGUGCUUUCUUGCCAUGUAGAAAUCUUUGAGUGAAAUUCUUGGGGUCUGCUUAGAAGCAUUUCUUGGAGUAAAACAUCAUUGUCACAUGUGGUCUGUUCCAGCCUCCAAGUAGCCUGCGUGGUCAGCGUUAAAAGGG